CCAAACCGAGGUUAUAUAAGCUAGCGCAUCAUCUUCCGCGUUCAUUCGUCUUCUCGUCUGUAUAAAUUUUAGUAGUUUUGUGACGUUCGUUAGUGAUUCUGAGUACUAAGAAAUAUCGACGCAUCGCUGUACGUAAUCUACGGCGCUUCGACGACUACAUCGCUUCUAUCUCCAACUUCUAUCAUCAUGGGUGACGGAGAUUACUCAAAGGGAACUCGCGUAUACGUCGGCGGCCUGUCCGACAGCAUCAAAAAGGAAGAUCUGGAAGGCGAGUUCGAGAAGUUUGGAAAGCUCAAUAACGUUUGGGUCGCCUUCAAUCCGCCAGGUUUCGCUUUCAUCGAAUUUGCCAGCAAGGACGAAGCCGAAACAGCCUGUGAUAAUUUGAAUGGUACAGAAGUGUUAGGUUCAAAGUUGCGCGUAGAAAUAUCGCGGGGUCGCGGCCGUGGUCCUAGGGGUGGCGGCGGUGGCGGUUUCCGAGGAAGCAGGGGCGGUGGUUUCCGCGGUAGUCGGGGUGGCGGCUUUAGAGGCAACUACGAAAGUGGUUCCAGGGGCGGCGGUUUUAGAGGUCGGGGGCGAGGACGCGGCGGUUUCGAUCGCGACUCUUAUGGCGGCGGGCGCGGUGGUUAUGGAAGUCGCGACAGCUAUGGCAGCCGUGAUGGCAAUCGCGAAAACUUGGAAAUGGUAGUUACGAUUCAUACGGGGGCGGUAGGGACGGGGGUUCAAGGUACAGAUCACGAUCACCAGUUAGCGGGGAGAGAUAGAGAGUAG